CUGCGACGCUGGUCGCGUCUAUAUACUUGCACAGUGCAAUUGCCACGGCGCCUCGCAUCAGUCGCAUCUGUGCCAGCACCAGCGGAGAGCGACGCGUGACCAGGGCCAAGCACCUCCGCGACCCCAAGCACAGUGCCUUCAACAUUUCGCUUCUACGCUGCCAGCCUCGGACUCCAGCCGCCUAGGCCCUCCGUCUGAUUCGCCAAGCCCGUCUGCACCUCGCUGCGCCAUGGACCUCUCCGCAAUCUUGGACACCGCGCCCAUCACUGACCCUGAUGAAGAGGCUUUUGUCAUCUUCUCGCAAGAGAUCCCUUCUAGGAACUUAGGCAUCAUCGACGCGCAUGCCGAGGCGCUCGAGCUCAGCGUUGCCGGAACCGAUCUGAUCAUCCAGCAGAGCAGAGGCCUGCUGACGAGCGAUCGCAAGGCGGGGACUACGGGUGCAGUAGUUUGGGCUGUCACACCUCGCUUUGCCGAGUGGAUUGCCUCGCCCACCAACAUUUUCUUCACUUCGGGAUUGCUGUCAUCGAGUUCAACAUGCAUCGAACUCGGGUCAGGCAUCUCCGGCAUUGUGGCGCUUACGCUCGGUGCAAAGAUAGCAAAGCUCAUUGCGACAGACCAGGAUUACGCCAUGAAGUUGCUGCGCCAGAACAUCAGCUCAAAUCUUGAAGCCUUCUUUCCUGCCGCCAAGAAAGGAGGCAAGAGCAGGCGGAAGCCGCAGCCUUCAACUCCGCAUAGUGACCGCAUCACAACUGAGAUCCUAGACUGGGAAGAAGACUCGGUCGACCAUCUGCAGCCCGUCAAUCUCAUCGUGGCUUGCGACUGUAUCUACAACGAGGCCCUUGUUGAGCCUCUGAACACAACCUGCGCAUCGAUAUGCAAGCUCAACACCGACGCCGAUACCCCGACGCUGUGCAUUGUAGCGCAGCAACUGCGCUCGCCUGACGUGUUCGAACUGUGGAUCAAGAGCUUCGACCGUUUGUUUCACACGUGGCAGCUCCCCGACCGGUAUCUGACCGCUGACCUCAGGGAGAAUAGCGGCUUCGUGGUACACGUUGGCAUCGUGCGGUGACAUGCAGCCCUCGGAAAUAAGGCCAGGUCACAGCUACACCAGAAAUUCGGUGAAAAUAGGAGGAAGGAAUGUAUAGAGUUAUAUAUCCAUCAAUGUACAUGCACAA